AUGAAGAUUCGAACGUUGAGACGUUCUUCGGGCAGUACACGGCCAAAACUAAAACUAAAACGUGUGAUUGAACUCGGCUUGUGCUUCUGGGGGACCUAUUGGCUCGACUAUUGGAAGCGCAGGAACGCCGUGCUCAACGUCAAGUGGGGGUUGGACAAGUUCUACGAGGACAACGAAAACGACAUUCGCGCCGAUUUCGAAGGCGAUGAUAGGCAAGGUUUUUAUUGCCGCGGCGGGUUUGUCAACCUGGAGGAUCUUGGUCCGGAAAGGGCGGCUGCGGACAAUUUCGAACGCGCCAGAGAGCCGGGGCUGCGAUCGAGGAUCCGCGGGCAGCUGCUGCGAGUGACGGGCGCGCAUGCCGCGUUCGAGCCGAGUGGCGAGGACGUCAUUCGGAUUGGCGGCGGGAAUGACCCAGACUUUGUGCUGGACGCCCCGAUUACGGGCUUGACCUUCUCGUCGUUGCCGGUCUUUCCGUAUGCCAGUAAGCGCGACGUCCAGCGACGCGUUUACAUCAGCUCGUUGGUCACCCUGUUUUUCGCAUCAUGUGUGGGCGCGUGCUCGUUUCUGAACCUCUUCUUCAAAAAAUCCAUUACCGGCCUUUUCGGCUCGCAUGCGUUUGCCAAGUUUGCCCCAGGUAUGGCACAGGCGGUGAUCAUUUCAGUUGCAGACCCUCUUUGGAAGCGCGCUACGCUCAAGCUGUCAAAGUGGGAGAAUCAUCGUACGACUCAGGCGUCUGAGAACAGCAUCAUUACCAAGCGAUUUGCCUUUCAGUUUGUGUCCAGUAAGUUUGAUGCGUCUUUGCAAGCACAUCCAAUCCGAUUUUGAAAGUUGAACAGACCUUGCUGACCACUGCGACAGACUACAUUACAUUGUUUUAUAUCGCGUUUGUCAAGCCAUUCACGCCAUCAGACCCUUGCCUUUUGGAUGCAUCUGGAGCUCCGGACUGCAUGGUUGAGCUUGGGACGCUGCUCACUUCAUUGCUCAUCACAAAGGCGACGGUGCAGCAGUUCAUGGAAGUAGGGAUGCCAUUUAUCAAACUGCGCGUCACUCAGUGGCUGAAAAGGAGAGAGCAUCGCGAGCUAGUUGAAGAAAUGGACACGACCCAGCGCAUACAACUGCUCGCGGCAGGCGCUACGAUUGACGAUGCAGACACGCAAGAUCUCGUAGAAGAGUUAAGAAUGCCUCCGUAUCGGUCGACGGUUGAAGACUAUGGAGAAGUUGUAAUUCAACAUGGUUUUCUAGUGAUGUUUGGCCUCGCGUUUCCGCUCGCAGCACUGAUUAACUUUCUCAACAAUAUGGCGGAAUGCCGCACGGACACAUACAAAAUGCUCGCCGUACACCAGCGACCGGAUGCUGAUGGUGCAGCGGACAUAGGAGGAUGGUUGCCCGUACUGAAAUUUUUGUCCACUGCAUCUAUCGUGACCACGGCUGCUCUCGUUACUAUUACGACGCCAGCACUUCAACUGGCUCUCCCGGAUUUUAUCGGUAACGUUGGUGAGCGGUAUCCAGCGGUCUCUUUCUUGAUUUUCGAACAUGUCCUGUUGUUAACGCGAUGGGUAGUGGACUUUCUGGUAUCUGACAAGCCAUCGUCGACCUACCGAAUGCUUGCUCGACAAGAGUUUCUCAUCGCCAAAUGCUUCAAUGUUGGUAUGCAACCUUACUUUGAAUCAUCCGCUCACGGUAUUAAAGAGGCAUGACGUCCUAUCGGCAGAUAAGAUCAACUAUGUUCUCGGAGCAUCUGCGCAAACGCUGCGCCUUGGCCGUGAGCCAAGAUUACGGACACAUUAGGCUCAAAAACUAUUAGACAGAGCACCUUCGUAAAUUCCUGCAGGCAAGCAUUCGUGCUGGCUGAAUGUUUUUCUGUA